GAGGGCUCAGGGUGCGGUCCUUGGCGCAGCUGGACGCGCACGCUCGGGUGCGUGUAGCUUCCCCAGCCCAAAGCCGGCGAGGAGAGGAAGCCAGGGCGCGGCCUUGGGGAGUCCAGGGGACUGGAGCUGCGCAGCUCUGAGCCAGAAACUUUGCAGGCUCGGCGGCCGGGAUUCGGUGACAGCGCCAGCCCACACCGGCAGGUGCGGGAGGAAGAGGCGGCGCCGGAGUCUGGCGGCCGAAGAACCUUGGCGGCGGCCGCGUCUUUCCCCCGAGCUGUCCUGAAGCCGCCGGGCACUCCCGGCUUCUGCUGCUGCGCCCGCCGCCGCCGCCGCCACCGCGGGGCUCCGGGAGGAGGUGCAGCCGGAGAGGGCGGAGGAGAAGAAGGAGGAGGAGGAGGAGGAGUGGAAAGGAGGAGCAGGGGGUGGAGGAUGGAGCCCCGGGCAGCCGCGGCGGGCUCGCCCGAGCCUGCGGCGGCGUCCUCCUCCUUCCAGGCCCGGCUCUGGAAGAACCUGCAGCUGGGGGUGGGCAAGAGCAAGGGCGGCGGGGGCGGGCGCGCAGGGGUCCCAGAGCGCCGCACUGCGGACACCCCAUCGCCGUCCCCGCCACCCCCGGGGGGCAGGCGGGACGCACUGGCCGGCGUGGGUGGCGCGGGCAGCAGGUGGAGCGGCUUCAAGAAACGGAAGCAAGUGCUGGACCGCGUCUUCUCCUCCUCCCAGCCCAACCUGUGCUGCUCCUCGCCGGAGCCUCUUGAGCCCGGCGGCGCCGGCAGAACCGAGCAGGGGUCCACCUUGCGCCGCCGGAUCCGUGAGCAUUUGCUCCCAGCGGGAAGGGGACCGGCGACAACCGCCGCGGGAGCAGCGGGAGUGACGCCUCCUGGCGGACGGUCCCCGGACUCAGCUCCCUCUUCAUCCUCAGCCUCAUCCUCCCUGUCCUCCUCGCCCCAGCCUCCCGCGAGGGGAGACCGCGCCCGAGAUGAGGGGGCACGGCGUCGGGGCCCCGAGGCGCACUUGUGCCAUCAGAAGAGUUCCUCCCUGCCCGGCACCGCCUGCCUGGAGCAGCUGCUGGAACCGCCGCCGCCUCCUGCAGAACCAGCUGAGAGCCCAGUGCAGCCGCGGACCCCGGAGAAGGGCGAGGAGCUCGGCAGCAACCAGAAAAUAAAUACUGCUGGAACCAGUAAUGCAGAUGUCCCCUUGGCUGAUCCCGGAAUGUACCAAUUGGACAUUACCUUAAGAAGGGGUCAAAGUUUAGCUGCCCGAGAUCGAGGAGGGACAAGUGAUCCAUACGUGAAGUUUAAAAUUGGAGGAAAAGAAGUUUUUAGAAGUAAAAUAAUACACAAGAACCUCAAUCCCAUAUGGGAGGAGAAAGCUUGCAUUCUUGUUGAGCAUCUUAGGGAACCAUUGUAUAUAAAGGUAUUUGACUAUGAUUUUGGACUACAGGAUGACUUUAUGGGCUCAGCCUUUCUGGAUCUCACACAACUGGAGUUAAACAGGCCCACAGAUGUGACCCUAACACUGAAAGAUCCUCAUUAUCCUGACCACUACCUUGGAAUCAUUUUGCUGUCCGUCAUCCUUACCCCUAAAGAAGGAGAACACAGGGAUGUGCAGAGUUCAAUCCACAGCUUUCUUCAUUGGAGAAUUUGUGAAAUAAAAACAAUGCUAAUGAGGAAGAGUUGGAAAAGAUCAAGUAAGGAUCUUUCAGAAAAUGAAGUGGUUGGAUCUUAUUUCUCUGUGAAGUCUUUCUUUUGGAGGACGUGCGGCAGGCCUGCUUUUCCUGUCCCGGGCUUCUGCAGAGCAGAGCUUCAGAGUACUUAUUACCAAAAUGCACAAUUUCAGACCCAAAGUUUACGUCUAUCAGACGUACACAGAAAAUCACAUCUUUGGAGAGGAAUAGUCAGCAUCACAUUGAUUGAGGGACGAGAUCUCAAGGCAAUGGAUUCAAAUGGGUUGAGUGAUCCCUAUGUGAAGUUCCGGCUUGGGCAUCAGAAGUACAAGAGCAAGAUUAUGCCAAAAACUUUGAAUCCUCAGUGGAGGGAACAAUUUGAUUUUCAUCUCUAUGAAGAAAGAGGUGGAAUCAUUGAUAUCACUGCCUGGGACAAAGACGCUGGGAAAAGGGAUGAUUUUAUUGGCAGGUGCCAGGUCGACCUGUCGGCUCUCAGUAGGGAACAGACACACAAGUUGGAGCUGCAGCUGGAAGAGGGUGAGGGACACCUGGUGCUGCUGGUAACCCUGACAGCUUCGGCCACAGUCAGUAUCUCUGACCUCUCCGUCAACUCCCUGGAGGACCAGAAAGAACGGGAGGAAAUAUUAAGGAGAUAUAGCCCAUUGCGAAUAUUUCACAACCUGAAAGAUGUGGGAUUUCUCCAGGUGAAAGUGAUCAGAGCAGAAGGGUUAAUGGUCGCCGACGUCACAGGCAAAAGUGACCCAUUUUGUGUAGUGGAACUGAACAAUGAUAGGCUGCUAACACACACCGUCUACAAAAAUCUCAAUCCUGAGUGGAACAAAAUCUUCACAUUCAACAUUAAAGAUAUCCAUUCAGUUCUUGAAGUGACAGUUUAUGAUGAAGAUCGGGAUCGAAGUGCUGACUUUCUGGGCAAAGUUGCUAUACCAUUGCUGUCUAUUCAAAAUGGUGAACAGAAAGCCUACGUCUUGAAAAACAAGCAGCUGACAGGGCCAACAAAGGGGGUCAUCUAUCUUGAAAUAGAUGUGAUUUUUAAUGCUGUGAAAGCCAGCUUACGAACAUUAAUACCCAAAGAACAGAAGUACAUUGAAGAGGAAAACAGACUCUCUAAACAGCUGCUCCUAAGAAACUUUAUCAGAAUGAAGCGUUGUGUCAUGGUGCUCGUAAAUGCUGCAUACUACGUUAAUAGUUGCUUUGAUUGGGAUUCACCCCCAAGGAGCCUCGCUGCUUUUGUGCUCUUCCUCUUUGUUGUCUGGAACUUUGAGCUCUACAUGAUACCACUGGUUUUGUUGUUACUAUUGACAUGGAACUACUUCUUGAUAAUAUCAGGGAAAGAUAACAGGCAACGUGAUACAGUAGUGGAGGACAUGCUGGAGGACGAGGAAGAAGAAGAUGACAAAGAUGACAAGGACAGUGAAAAAAAGGGAUUUAUAAAUAAAAUCUAUGCCAUCCAGGAGGUUUGUAUCAGUGUCCAGAACAUCCUAGAUGAAGUGGCUUCCUUUGGCGAAAGGAUAAAGAAUACUUUCAACUGGACUGUCCCAUUCUUAAGCUGGCUGGCCAUUGUAGCCCUCUGUGUGUUCACAGUCAUCCUGUACUUCAUUCCACUGAGAUACAUUGUCCUUGUCUGGGGUAUCAAUAAAUUUACAAAAAAGCUGCGGAGUCCAUAUGCAAUCGAUAACAAUGAACUACUUGACUUCCUUUCCAGAGUCCCUUCAGAUGUACAAGUGGUGCAAUACCAAGAACUGAAACCAGAUCCUUCUCAUAGCCCAUGUAAAAGGAAGAAAAACAAUCUUGGCUAGUCAGCUCCCAGCACUGAGGAGACCAGCAUCUGUUUGGGAAGAUAAAAGAAAAAGCCUUCAGCCUCAGCAGCAUUUCCUUUCUUCCUGCUUUUUAUUUAUUUUGUCUUUUUAUCAUGAUCGAGAGAAUUUGUAAAUAGUGUACAAAGGCAUAUGUCUUUGAAAAUAUACUUCCAUUGUACAGACUCAAUUUGAUAAAGGUUUAGCUGUUGCUGUGUGAAAGCCUUGGUGGCUGUGGAUAAUAAUACAACACACUGAAACAACAAAUAUAAGAAUGGUAACACUGGGAGAUAUACACGUCUCUAAUUACAAGUGGAAGAACUAGAAUAUCACAUUAAAUGCUCAGCUGUGCUCUAUUAAAUCUACAUAAAAUGUAAAUGUCAAUUUGAUUUUAAAGUUUUUUUUUUAAUGUGACUAUUUUUUAUCUGCUAAGUAAUCCAUUACAGUUUUCUAUGUUUUAUACAUUUCAAAAGAGAAGGGAGAUCCCAAAAUCUGAAUAAUAGAACAGAUGCAUUUCAAUUUAACAUAGUAGUUCUACUUCAGAUCCUGACAGUCAUUCCUGUGCAAAUUAUAAAGAUAUGACUCGGCUCAUUUUAAGCUAAUGAGUGAAGGUACAGUCACUCUGUCAAGAUAAUCCUGCAUACUCUGCAAAGAAAACUUCCAAACCUUCUAUCAUUCCAUCUAAAACCUUAAAAUCUCUACAGGACUACACGUAAAUACUGCCAGGUUUAUAAAUGAUUGCCUAUCUGAAUUUUUAUACUAUCACUACUUUAAUUUACAUCAAGUUAGUGGGUUAGCAACCCAGUUCAGUUGUCACAAAUACUAGCAAACUAAAUCCGUAUUGCUUUUGGUGUCUCUGUGCAUCUAAAAAUAUUUACUAUUCAACUGUUCUCACAAAGUAUCUGCUUUCUCAUUAAACUACUGAAAUGCUUUAAUGCAUAGUAUAAUUUUUGUUAUUAGUGUGAAUUUUAAUGUAAAGGAGAAUGCAGUGUGCUGAUAUGCUAGUGUUUCAUUAUAUUCAUUUAUAGAAAAACUAUUCUUGAUAAUAUGAAUGCAUGAAACCUAUUUUGUAAAAAAAAAAAAAAAAAAGAUACAACUGCUUAUGGGUUGGGGGGAGUUUGUCUUUACAAAAAUGUUUCAAUACUUACCAUAGAAUCUAUACUUAAAAAUUGCAUUCCGAAGACUUAUGGUAGUUUUUGUACCUAACUCCCUGAUAAAUCAAGGGAGUAUACCUCUGGAGAGAGAAAUAAUUUGGUGAGAAUGUUUUACUUCCCUGACCGGGUACAGGAUUAAGUUUGGGUGAAAAUGCUAUAGAAAAUGUUUUUGCACUACUUUAUUAAUAACUGGGAUAGGGUGAAGGUGGGGGUGAUGGAAAAAUGUAGAAAAGUCAGAAAUAUAUAUAUAUUUCACUCUAAAGGAAGAUUCUUUCUUUAAAAAAAUAAAUUUAAUCUCAUCAAAGCUAAUUUUUAAAGUAUUUUUAUUUUAAAGCUAUGUUGUUAAAUACUAUUUCUUAUGAUAUAACUAUUUUGAUCUGUUUAUACACUAUGCUUGAAAGAGAAUGUCAAUUAAAUUCCCUUUCUACAGAAAGGCUUUGACCUCAAUAUGCUCUAUUUAGCUCACCAUGUUUAUAAUGACAUGCUUAUAUCUGCACACCAUCACUGUUUGUUACUUAGACAUAAUAUUCCAUGAAGCUGAUGCUACUACAGAAAGUUUAUGGAUGGGCUAAUUUGUUCAAAAUACCUUUUGAUUAUACCUUAUGCGAAAUUUGUUGUGUGCUGACAGUGUCUACUCAAAUGUCUACAAGCCUGAUAUAGUACAACUUCAGAUGUACCUAGUGCAUAGUAACCAUUAACAGAUGCCCAAUUUUUGUUUCAUUCUACCAACUUUCAGAUGUUAAGUUUAAUGGUAAUGUUAACUACACAUUCACUGCAUUAAAUAAAAAAAAAACUCUUUUCUAAGUAUAA